AUGGGUUCACCUCCAAAGCCAGUUUCUUCUUCGCCUCGUGAUAGAAAUCUUGUUCCUGCUCAACAGUUUGCUAAAUCUGAAGAUGGAAGACCACUCCUUGGAGCCACCAAGAUUGAUCAAUUAAUGUUGGUUAUUCAGGCCAGAGACAAGGGUGUUACCAAAACAAUUCAGCAAGCACCUGAUGGUAGUAUCUUAGCGCCAGCUCCUGGUGCCGUAUUCAAGCAAGAAGCUGAUGUUUUACCUGCCCCGGUUAGUCUUGUUGGUGGAGUUGAUAAGCCCCAUAAGAAAAUUGAAGAUGAGGUUGACGAAGAAGGGCUUGUUGGUGGAGAAGAUGAAGAGCAUCAUCACAAACAUCGCAGGUCAAAGCACAAGAAUCAACAGUGUCCUUAUUGUUUCAAGUAUUUCACUCAAAGUACGCAUUUGGAAGUUCAUAUAAGAAGUCACAUUGGAUACAAGCCAUUUGAAUGUACAUAUUGUCAUAAGAAGUUCACUCAGGGAGGUAAUCUUCGUACCCAUCUUAGAUUACAUACCGGAGAGAAACCAUUUACUUGUGAUGUAUGCCAUCGUUCAUUUAGCAGAAAGGGUAAUCUUGCCGCACAUAAGUUGACGCAUGAAAACUUGAAGCCGUUUGAAUGUAAAUUAGAUGGGUGCGAUAAGUCAUUUACUCAAUUGGGUAAUUUGAAAUCGCAUCAGAAUAGAUUCCAUUUGAAUACGUUGAAUAUGUUGACACAUAGAUUGGCUGAAUUAAGCGGUGACGGGUUAAACAAUCUCCCGCAAGAGGAACGAGAAUUGUUGGAUUAUUUCAAGGAUUUGUACAAGAACUCUAAUAAGGGUAUUAGAGGACGUGGGAAACAGCACAAGGAUGAGCCCAAGACACCAGGUGGGAAUGGUGGUAUGAUGAUGAUGACAAGUCCUAAUUUCCCAGGCGGCCCCCUGCCAGAAUAUGGAAAUCAAUUGGGUGGUACGAUAUCUGGGUACCAAGGUUAA